UGAAAAGAAAUAUGGACAUGUCAUUUACUUUAAGUUCAUAGAAUUUGCAGAACCAAAAUGGGUAAUCAUAUUUUUCAAUUAUACAGUUCUACUAUCAAACUAGACGGAUAAGAAGAACUGAACGAUAAAAAGAGUUUGUUUUGAAAUUAACAUUUUUUUUUGUCCCCUCAUCGACCAAAAAAUAAAUAGCAUAUGUAAUUCUAUGCAAUUUUACAUUUUUUUUUUAUAAAUAAUCUUUAUCAGCUUCCUUCCUCUCUUUUUAUUGUACUCUCAACUUGCAAACGUAUAGGCAUUUAAAAAAAAAAGAGAGAGAGAGAGACUUGUUUUUGCAUUUCUCUUCUUCGCGUGAGUUCUGGAUGCUCUAAUCCGAAAAAAAUAAAGGUUCUUCCGAGAAUUCAUCAGCCAACGACGAUUUUGAAACAAUUCUAGACCUUUUUCAUGGAAGGAGGAGGAGGAGGAGGAGGAGGCAUGUUUGAAGAAAUUGGUUGUUUUGAUCCAAAUGCUCCGGGAGAACUGACGGCUGAGAGAAGUGUCUCUCCGUCCGAGCCACCACCAGCCAUCACGGUCGUCGGUAGCAACAACAACAGCAACUGCAGUCUUGAAGAUCUCUCUGAGCUCCACCUCAGCCCACAAGACCCUUCUCUAGCUGCUGCCUCUGCCUCAGCUCAUGUUCAUCAGCUUCACAUCAAUGCUACUCCUCCUAACUGUGAACAUCAUCAAUUCCAGAGUUCGAUGCACCAAACACUACUUCAAGAUCCUUCCUCAUAUGCGCAACAGUCGAAUAACUGGGACAAUGGUUACCAAGAGUUUGUGAAUCUAGGUCCUAACCAUACAACUCCUGACCUACUCAGUCUCUUGCAACUGCCUAGAUCCUCACUUCCGCCUUUCGCAAACCCGUGCCUCCAAGACAUUAUGAUGACAUCUUCCUCUGUCUCUGCCUAUGACCCGCUCUUCCAUCUGAAUUUCCCUUUGCAGCAUCCUAAUGGCACUUUUCUUGGAGUUGAUCAAGAUCAAGCUGAGACAAACCAAGGUGUGAAUUUGUUGUAUGACGAAGAAAACAACAACCUCGACGUUGGUCUUAACCGUAAAGGGAGAGGAUCGAAAAAGCGGAAAAUUUUCCCUACCGAACGCGAGAGAAGAGUUCACUUCAAAGACCGCUUUGGUGACUUAAGGAGUCUAAUUCCAAAUCCCACCAAGAAUGACAGAGCAUCAAUCGUGGGAGAAGCCAUAGAUUACAUCAAAGAGUUGUUAAGGACGAUCGAUGAGUUCAAGAUGCUAGUGGAAAAGAAAAGAAUAAAGCGGCUGAAGAGGGAAGGAGACGACGUUGUUGAUGAGAACUUCAAGGCUCAAAGCGAAGUGGUUGAACAGAGUUCGAUCAAUAAGAAGAACAAUGCCUUGAGAUGCUCGUGGCUCAAGAGGAAAUCAAAGUUCACUGAGGUUGAUGUACGUAUCAUAGACGAUGAAGUUACGAUAAAGAUCGUGCAGAAGAAGAAAAUCAAUAGUUUGUUGUUCGUAUCCAAAGUCAUUGACCAGCUUCAGCUUGAUCUUCACCAUGUAGCUGGUGCACAGAUCGGUGAACACCACAGCUUCUUGUUCAACACCAAGAUUUGUAAAGGAUCAAGUGUUUAUGCAAGUGCCAUAGCAGACAGAGUAAUGGAAGUGCUGGAGAAACAAUACAUGGAAGCUCUUUCGAUGAAUAAUGGCUACCACUGCUACUCCAGUGAUUAAUGCGUUUUUCAUCUAGCUGGUUAUUACUUUUAAUUAUGGAUGUUUUUAAUAAUCACAUUAGUAGUAAUAUUUUCGCACUUUUGUUCUUUUAGCAAUGUGGGAUUUGUAGCUUAGCUAUGCCUCUGUUUUUCCCCCUUUUUAGGGUUUUUUGAUUCUACAAUAUAUUUGAGAGAGUGAGAGUUCCAUCUUUUGUUCAUCUUUAAGUCUUAAACAUAAGUUUUGAGUUCUUGAUUGUUGACUUUUGGUCG